GAGAAAACGCACAAACCUGAACAAAUACAAGAUAUGUAUACCACCUUACAAUAGAAAAAGGCCCACAUACUUCCUUUUCAGAUCUUUUAUUCUUCUUUCAAAUAUCUAUCCAAUUAUUAUUAAACGUAUGUUUAAACACGUGUAUAAUGUAUGGUAAAUAUGAGUUAUAUGAUAUUUGUUUUAUCAUAUUCUUCCUCGUACAGAAAAUAGCUGCGAAAGGGAUUCAAUUGCAUCAAAUGCAUCGCAACUGCCAUACAAAAUCCGCUCACCUAGGUAUCAAACAAUGGAAUCGAGAGUGGCAUCAUUCAAGGAAUUUCCACGUGACAUUAAGCUGCCUCCUCAACAGUUUGCGGUGGCAGGGCUUUUCUUUACCGGAAAUGGAGAUUUAUGUCGUUGUUUCACGUGCGAUGGGGGUCUGAAAGACUGGAGCUCGGGUGAUGAUCCUAUUAAAGAGCAUGCAACAUACUUUCCUAACUGUGCCUACAUCAACCAGUUAAAAGGACCGGAUUAUGUAAAGUCACAGCAACAAAAUCACAACAGAAAUGAGCCUGUGGGUGCAGCAUGUGGUAGUAGUACAAUCACUCAGCCAGCACAGACAUCUCCGGAUCUUCCAAUGAAUCAACUAACAAUAGCAGACAUAAGCAAUGAAUACUCUAGCUUCAAUGUUAGCCAGGUUGUCCAACAGCUAGGGUAUGCAGAGAUAGAUGUUAUAACAGCUAAAGCGGAGUUACAAAGGAAAGGGAACAAACUUCCAACAGCCGAAGACAUUGUGAACACAUUGCUCGAUAUGCAGGAAAGAACUGUAAAUUUCAAAACAGUAACUGCACCCCAGGAACAGGAAAACAACUUACAAGCCCUUACAGAGGAAAAUAAGAAACUGUCCCGUCUUAUCUACUGUAUGCUGUGUGUUACUGGAGAAGCGGACAUGUUGUUUCUGCCCUGCACCCAUCAUCGGACAUGUCACGAAUGUGCUGCUGAUCUCAUCUUCUGUCCCGUGUGUAAUGAGUUUAUCAAAGAGAAAGUCAAAACUUUUCGUUCCUAAAGUUUUAUCAGAGACACUUUUUAUUUCCACUACUGAUCUUUCAGACUUAAUGUCUCGAUAUGUAGGGAAGGACAAACAUAUUUUGUUACAAAAACGUGUAACAGUUAUAACUAAAUCAUUGAAAAGAUGUGAUAAAUUUUACUACAUGUUAACAUCUGCUUUUGCAACCUGGACGACUCUUUUCUGCGCUGGAUUCGGUUACCCGAUGACACGGAGGACUACAUGAGUUUUACAUUGCUUUCUGCAGCCAGAUUCACGAACGCUUUGGGCGUAAUAUAUUCUGUUCAAUCGCUUGUUAAUUUGGCUGCAGUAGCAAACAUCAACGCAUCAAAAGGACUUACUUCACUGAAGCUGAUUUUACCACUGUAGUAUAUGUUUAUUGCAAAUGCCACUUAUAUGCAAUUGUUUGACGUAGUUAUAAACUGAUGUUGAUCUAAAUAAUGUUUCCUUUAUGAGGACGGUGUGUUAAAGUAACUGCUUUCGUAAAAUUAAUAUAAAAUGUUUUAUUGUAAUGUUAAUCUGAAUUUCCUUAAUACACUUAAUCCAGUAGAUAUAGCGUAGACCUACGAAUCACGAAAUCUUGAAUUCAAUUCCCGGGCGAGGCUAAAGACAUUGUGUUUGAAACCAUUCGUCCUUCACCUCUGAUUCAUUUGUUGGAAGUUUGCGGGUACUUGCAGAGAACCAGUUUGUACCGGUACAGAAUCCAGGAACACUAGGUAGGCCAACUGCCCUCCUUUGCAUAACUGAAAUUUCCUUGAAAAACGUUUAACCCAAAACAACCGAAUUAAUAUGUUUCGUCAUUAUACCAGUAUUUCUCUGCUUAACACAUUUUAAAGUAUCACUUCCCUUAUCGAAUCUAGAAGAACAUCCUUUGGAAGCAUAGAACUCAACUAAGCAAAAUAACUGCAAAUUUGAUUUGAAAAGGUCUAUUCUAGAGAGGUACCGAAAUGUGGCAACACACUUCCUUUCCCCAAGAGAGAAAUUCUGUAAUAUAUUAUCAUCAUAGCUAGUAUUAAAAAUCGAUCAGUAAUCUCAUUGUAAAAUAGUUUUCCGGAUAUUGAUUUAAAUAAGCCAGUUUAUUUGUGGUAUUGUAGCAUGUAUUACUAAAUCGUUUACUGGCCCCAUAUUCUCAUUAAAAUAUUUUCAGUCUCAAGUUUGAUCAUGAAACUAUAGUUGUCAUUAAUAUCUAGUGCAUGUUCAAAAUUAAAUAUUCAUUUAAUUAAUUAUUUUAAGUCACUGUUCAGUAUUGAUGGUCAAUCUUACAUGUUUGUAAGUUUCUAUGUGUAUGUUAAUUGUGUGUGUGUUUGUCUUGUGUACGUGCUUAUGCCUGUGCUUUUGUGGUUUACGCUGUAGGUAGACUGCUUUAUAGGAACAUGGCUUUCCUUAUUGCAUAUACAUACUUUGUUCCACUUUCCCCCAAUAUCCCUUUUUAUCUACCACUUAACACCUGUAUCCCCUACCCAUUUUCUGUAUUUUGCAUAUAAUUAAAAUGUACCCAUCUACAAUUAUAGUUUUCCAAUACAGCUUCUCUUUGCUGUAGGUCUGCUUUGCGAUGCAUGUCUCUAUGAUUGUGUUUAGGGUGCUCUGUGCUUCCGAGAAAUCUACCCUUACCUUUUAUCUCUUCUGAACACGGGGCCUGUCCAUAGUGAGGCUGAUAACGUAUAAGUAUGCAAUAUAUAUUAUCAAACCUUUGUGACAUCAUUUCUUAUUCACUCAGAUAUUUAUUUUCUAAACAUCUGUAUACAAUAAAAAUGUAUUUGUCGAACUUUGUCUUAUUGAUGAUUUCAUGAUUUUAUAUUAUUGUUAACUUAAUACAUGUGUAACGUUUUAUUAGGUUUGUGUGUGUGUGUUUAUUUUACGCCUUUGAUAUUUCACAACUGUCAACUUAUCAUCCUUGGGGUAUACAUGCACAUAUUUCUGACAUUAUCCAGCUAGAAAUAAACUAGAAUGUAAUAAUAUGAACUUAUGAUAUGUACUCUAAACAUCUGUUUUGCCUUAAAUGAGCUAAGUCAAUUCAGUUCAAAAUGAUUCAUUUCACUCGUUUCAUGUAUGCAUGAAUCAAUUAGGUGAUACAUUUGACAAUAUGUUUGAGGCUCGUGCUAUGUAAAUUAUCAAGAAAGUUAUAACAAAGCUAACGUAAAAAUGCAAAAUUAGCAUUUGAAAAAUAUAUAAAAUUAUGAUUCUGAUAUUGAAUACUGAUUUGAUACGAAGCUUGGACAUCGGAGAAUCGAAUCACAAUUAUAACCAUUUUAUAUAGGCUCAGUAUUAUAUAGCCGCAAGAAUAUAAACUAUAAUAUUCUUAAUUGACAAUAUUUUUUAACGAACGUGCACACGAUACUUUUCUCUUUUUGGUAUAAUAAAUUCAUAUUGAUAAGAUGCUCUAAUUUGUAUGAAUUUGAAUGUUUAAAGUAGUAUGGCUAAACGAAUUUUGUCCGAUCAUUUGACAUUCGCCUCGGGUGACAUUCUGCCCUCGGGUUGACAAUAUCACUGUCACACACGCUGCCAUAUGAUAUUUAUAUAUUAAUAAUAUACAUAUUUUUUAGACAAUAAAAAGAGAAAAAUGA